AAAGACAUACAGUAACCAGGCUAUGCUACAGUGACAGACAGUAGCUCCAGUCCAGAGCGACCUGUCAAAUCCGAUUAGGGCUGUUUUCACCGUUUGUUCACUCAACCAAUUUUGGUUUUACGCAGCUACAGCCUGAACGAAACGAUUUUGCGAUUUUCCAUUUUGAAUAUACAUUUUCUUGUCAUUUGGGGCCGUUUGGAACACGUUCUGAAAGUCUGAGGCAUUGCAACGUGGGUGUAUAGAUUUAUUUCUGGUUGGUGAGUCCAUCUGAGUGAGUAGAAGGCGCUAGUCUGCUGCUUUGCAGCGCGCUGCGUGGAUAGGACUCCAAACUUUUCCCUGCACGUCCGUGGUAAACUUGGAUUACCCCUCUCGCUGCUCCACAUCUACUUCCUCUCUCUCAUUUCCUGUCCAACUCUCUUUGAAAAUAUGAGAGAGAUGUCACAGAUAUGACAUCAACAACAACGAUCACUUAUUGAAAUCGACAGCGAGAAGGGGUCUCACGGAAAAUGCAGAAGAGCGUGCGAUAUAAUGAGGGCCACGCUCUAUAUCUGUCGGUUGUCGCGCGCAAAGAGGGCACAAAACGCGGUAUCCUGAGCAAGAAGUCUACGGAGAACAGUCGGUGGAACGACAAGUACUUCGCUCUCUACCAGAAUGUGCUCUUUUACUUCGACAACGACCAGAGCACGCGGCCCUCUGGGAUCUACUUGCUGGAGGGGUGCACGUGCGAGAGGGUUCCCGCGCACAAAGGCUCCACCGUCAGCAAGGAGACCGUGGACAAGCAGCAGCACUACUUCCUGUGGUGUUUGGCCAUACGGUCAGAAGCCUCUGAGCUGCGGACAGAGGAGGAGUCAGACUGCAAUAAGUGGGUGGAGUAUAUCCAACAGGCCAGUUACUCUGACAAUCAUCAUUGAGCGUGAGGUCCUGAUGCAGAAGUACAUCCACCUGGUCCAGAU